UUUCAACUUGCAGCCUCAAGGCAGAGGAAACGGUCAGACACUUGCCUUUUAGGGUUGCCCUAGAAGGAGCUAACAAAAGGGGUAUGAUGAUGUCAAACGUGAUGCUGAUGCUACAGUUACAGACACGGCCCCUGCUGGCGCAGCCUCUCUGAUUCUCUCUCCCUCUCUGCGUCCAGCGCUGGGCUUUUUCAGACAAGUGCAUCUCCUAACCAGGUCACAUUUCAGCCACGACCCACUAUCCGUCUGUCACCGGAGUCAGACCACAGGAGGACUGAGGAAGACGACGUGUGCUUCGCCAACUGCGGGGUGGGAGGAAGGACAUUAAAACACUGCAGAAGUCAAGACCCCCAGGUCAAACCCAGACCACGAUGCGCGCCCCGGGCUGCGGGCAGCUGGCGCUGCCGCUGCUGCUCCUUGCCGCAGCCGCCCUGGCCGAAGGCGACGCCAAAGGGCUCAAGGAGGGCGAGACCCCCGGCAAUUUCAUGGAGGACGAGCAAUGGCUGUCGUCCAUCUCGCAGUACAGCGGCAAGAUCAAGCACUGGAACCGCUUCCGAGACGAGGUAGAGGAUGACUACAUCAAGAGCUGGGAGGACAAUCAGCAGGGAGAUGAAGCCCUGGACACCACCAAGGACCCCUGCCAGAAGGUUAAGUGCAGCCGUCACAAGGUGUGCAUCGCCCAGGGCUACCAGCGGGCCAUGUGCAUCAGCCGCAAGAAGCUGGAGCACAGGAUCAAGCAGCCAACCCUGAAAGUCCAUGGAAAUAAAGACUCCGUCUGCAAGCCCUGUCACAUGGCCCAGCUCACCUCCAUCUGCGGCUCUGAUGGCCACACUUACAGCUCGGUGUGUAAGCUGGAGCAGCAGGCGUGCCUGAGUAGCAAGCAGCUGACGGUGAGAUGCGAGGGCCCCUGCCCCUGCCCCACAGAGCAGGCUGCCACCUCCACUGCCGAUGGCAAACCAGCUGCAGAGACCUGCACAGGUCAGGACCUGGCAGACCUGGGGGAUCGGCUGCGGGACUGGUUCCAGCUCCUUCAUGAGAACUCCAAGCAGAACGGCUCAGCCAGCAGUGGAGCCAGCCCGGCCAGUGGGCUAGACAAGAGCCUGGGGGCCAGCUGCAAGGACUCUAUCGGCUGGAUGUUCUCCAAGCUGGACACCAGUGCCGACCUCUUCCUGGACCAGAUGGAGCUGGCCGCCAUCAACCUGGACAAGUACGAGGUCUGCAUCCGCCCCUUCUUCAACUCCUGUGACACCUACAAGGACGGCCAUGUCUCCACUGCUGAGUGGUGCUUCUGCUUCUGGAGGGAAAAGCCCCCCUGCCUGGCAGAGCUGGAGCGUAUCCAGAUCCAGGAAGCUGCCAAGAAGAAGCCAGGAAUCUUCAUCCCAAGCUGCGACGAGGACGGUUACUACAGGAAGAUGCAAUGUGACCAGAGCAGCGGUGACUGCUGGUGUGUGGACCAGCUGGGUCUGGAGCUGACUGGCACCCGCACACACGGGAGCCCUGACUGUGAUGACAUCGUGGGCUUCUCAGGGGACUUUGGGAGCAGUGUCGGCUGGGAGGACGAGGAGGAGAAGGAGACAGAAGAAGCGGGCGAAGAGGCUGAGGAGGAAGAGGGGGAGGCGGGCGAGGCGGAUGACGGAGGCUACAUCUGGUAGAUGGCCCACGCGGAGCCGUGGCAGGCCAGGGUGCCAACGGCUGGGGGAGACAGGCCAGUAGAGACCUGGACUGAAGCAGGCAGCUUGCAAGUGGAUCCAGAAAAUACGGUCAGAAGGACCCUGGCUCCGGUGGGGAGGACUGAAUGUAUGAGUGUGCACAACACGCGUGUGGCAUGUACGGCUGGGAUGUAUGAAUGAAUGUGUGUGUGUUUGUGUGGCAUGUGCUGACACAUGUGUCCUUGGUCCACACUGCUCCUGGCAGAGUGAGGCACCCAAGGGCCCCUUCAGUCUCCUUGUAGUUGUUUUCUUUUCAUUUAUUGUUGGUUUUAAAAUACACACAUUCUCGCACCGCAGGGUCAAAACUGAUGAAAUGAGAUGCUCUCUCCCACGCCCCCUAGCCCCAUCCAGCCUUGCCCUGACUUCUUUGCCCUAAUUUGCUACCCUUGGCUCAACCAGCCCUGCCCGUGCCUGCCCUUCUCCCUCCCCUUUCUGGGGUCAAGCUCUGGCCUGCAGGCAUGUUCCCCUUGCAGACAGGAGGGAGGGCAGGGAGCUGUCUGCUCGCUGGGGGUCCUCACAAAACUGGGCCAAUUUGGCUGUGACACCCCCACCAGCCUGAGAUGAGGUGGGCUGGGACACCCACCAUAGCAAGCCCCUUCCCUUUGUGGGCUCCCUAGCAUUAGAGAAAGUCUCCUAACCUGAGCCAGUGUGACCAGCAGUGGCCAAGAAGGAGCCGGGAUUGGGGGGGUUGUCUCAGGUGGGGGCCUAGUCUGGGCUGCUCCCUUGGAAGUGGUCGGUAAGCUCUGCCUGGCCCUGUGGGGUGCUGCACCUGCCCCCAUCCCUCUGGUUGGUCCAGUCCUGGGGCCUGAGGAUCAGGCCUGGGUUUUGGCCAGGGGUGUGUGUGUGCCCACCUCCUUCCUGAUCCCUUAACUAAAUGCUUUCCUCCCACCCAGACCCAUAGAAAGGGUUGUCCCUGAGACCCUGUGAAGGAGGAGCCAGGGAAAGCUGCAGACCUUCUGCUCUGCAGGACUGUGAUCUUUCUCCAUCUCUCCUCAAGGGAGAGGCGCCCAGGGGCCAUUUCCAGCCCCACACCUCUCAGCCCCUGAGGUUUCCCUCUGUCCCCUCUGAGGGUCCCCUGGGCUGCUCUAAUGGAAGGUCUUCUCCAAGCUCUGUUUCGAAGCCCUAAAGUAUUCAGGAGUUGUGAAAAGUCAGAGGGACAAGACUGGGGCAGCCAGAAUCCGAGGCCACAUCUCACUAUUCCCCCAAAUUUCCUUAUCAGGUGGGAGCCAGGAUUGAUGGGAAAGUGCCCCAUAUAUGUUUUUUCCUAAUCUGUCCAGUUCUCCCUGUUGAAGCAAAUUCCUUAACACCUUUGGUGAAGAAUUUCUUACCAGAAUGUGGGCCUCUGAUGCCCCCUGGUGCAUGAUGAGUGCAUGUGUGUGUGUGUGAGUGUGUGUGAGCCUAGGGACCAUGUCUGGGGGCCUGGGAUGUGAAGAGGGGCACCCUCUGUGCAAGGUGGGCAGCAGGGUGUGGGGCCUGCAUGGUGAGGUUCCCUGGGCAAGGCUCCCAGCCUGGCUGUCCCCGGCUUCUGUAGCAUCUGCUGCGUCUUUGGACUUUAUGGAAGAACCUCACCUAGUCCACCCCUUUACUCCACCCUGGAAUCAACAUCUUCUAAGCCGUCUCUUGGGGGAAAUAAUGGAACUCCAGUUAGCCCCAUGAAUCACUUCUCAUUCCGCAGCACAGUUCUGAUCGCUAAGGUGUCUCGCUGUUCCAGAUCCCCCGCGCCCUGUCUCCCCCACUUCCCUUCCCGUCCUCCUUCCCCUGCCCCCGCUGGUCCCCACACUCACUUCAGGGAAAUGCCUUCUAGCAUCAGCCCUCUGCUCUCUGAGCAGCCGCUCCUCUCACUCAGAGCUACUUGAAACUUCCUGCUCUUGCUAGGAUGGGAGUCUGUCUGUCUCUUCCCUAUGUCCCAGCUCAGACCUCAGGAACUGUCCUCCUGGGGGUGCUCUGGAGGAUGCUGGGGCGUUCUGGGGUGGGGAGGCAGAUGGAGAGGGAGGGGCACCCCUUUCCUCUCACUGUUGCCUUCCCUCCUGGGGGGCGCGUGCUCUCCCUGUGUCUCUGGGUCUUCUGGUUGUGCACAUUCUUAUGACCUUGUAAAUAUGUUGUAGAAAGAAAGCAAAAAGCGCUGAACUAGACCCUGGUGGGACUCAGGGGUCCAACCUUGCCAUCUCUGAAGCCCCCACACUGCUUUUCACUGCAUUCUAAGACAAGGCUAGACAAAGCAACUUGUUCCCAGUGGGCUAAAGGCCUCCACGUGACUUCGUGCCAGACAAGCUUGAGGUUUCCUCGUGGGCAAAGUUGCAGGGUAGUCCUUUCCCGGCUCCUCAGAUUUCUGCCCUUGACCAAGCUGCCUGCCACCCAGCCCCUCCCUGGUCCCUCUACUUGGACUUCCUCUCUGCAUCCUGUUUCCACUCCUCUUGCUUAGGCAGGCAGCAGAAUUAGGGCUGCAUGGAAAAGAAGUCACCCAAAUUUUAAAGGAACAGUUUCUUGCCUGGCUCUGGAGCUGCCCUUGGCUACCGCAGGCCUCCUUACCCGUGGGUGCUGGGAGAGAUGGGUGUGUCUAAGAUAGGGUAGGUUGAAGCUGGAGAGAACAAAUGUGCCUUGAGAGACCAAUCAAAGAGGGUCCAAGGGUGAUGGGGGAGGAGGCACGGCGUGGGAGCUCAGGAAGGAGGGAGAGGGAGAUAAGCUGAGGAGAGCAUGAUGGGGCAUCAUGACUGCCCACCACUGUCCCACUGGGACUGUGACCACGUGGGGUCAUUGGUCACCCUUCCUCAUGCCAGCCCUCCUGGUUUUAUUGGGCAGGCCACCCACUCAGCCUUUCAUGAGCUCCAUCUGCUUCCAACUCCACCUCUGAGUGCGUGGGUCCAUUGGGAUCAAUGUGGGAACCCUCCAUUUCACCAAAGCCUCACCCUCAGCCCUUGGGGAGAAUGAAUGGCUAAUCCACUGACGCCUGGCAUCACGAGGCUGUGGGCUGGCAGGGGUCAAGGGAAGAGACACUAGGGGUGCAAAAGGAGACUCGAGACAUCCUGAGGAAGUCCCAAGCAGAGCAAACUGCUUUGUAGCCUGAAGCCUACUUAAACUGUGUUAUGUGCAAUAACUGAGCUUAGAGUUAAGAAUUGUGUUCCAGUGCUUGGAUUUCCGUCUGUAUAUUUAAGUGCUGAAAUCGUAUCAGUAAUUUUAGAUGUCUUUAAAAAAAAUCGAAAAACAAAGUGUUAGACCGUGUGUGUGCAUUGAGGGGCACUCAAGUGUCCUGUGGAUCACCCUACUUUCUCCCUUUCUCCUGUGCCCCCAUCUACUCACACCCAGCCCCCGCCUCCACUUGGGGACCCCGCUUCGUGUUGUCUUUAUCUGCCUAUUACUCAGCCUAGGGAAAUACGUACACGUCACACAUGCAUAAAGGAAAUCAAAUGUUAUUUUUAAGAAAACAGAAAAUAAAAACUUUAUAAACACCA